AUUAUUUCACUCAAGUCUUCCAUGACUGACAUAACCAAUGAAAAGUACACCGAGCUGGAGCUCUACGAUUUACAGCUAUAUGAGCAGCUGGAGUACCUCGAAAGAAAUAUAGCCUCGAUUGAGCAGGAUUUAGCUGAUCCUCCAGAUGAUUCGCUUCCAGACGAUAUUGAUGCUGAAGCCCUGCCCGAGACCAUUAAAGCGCUAGAGCUUGAAUGCGAUCAACUGAGAGCUGAAUUGGCGUCAGCAUUUCAAGAGGGAGUCAUCAAGACUACAGCACUACAGAGUUUGAACGCAUCGCACUUGGUUAUCAAGAACUUAUACCCAGAAGAUCCAGAACAGCGUUCACAUCUUUUCCAGGAAAUUGAGAAGCGAGACGAUCUCGUGAGUGAAUAUCUGCUGGCAUUUGAAGAAUUACGGCCGUAUCAGACGUGGAUUAAGGAGACCGAAGCUAAUAUAAUUGAGGUUCAGCAAGAAAACCGACAGCUCAUGGCGUCUAUCAUAAAAGCCGAAGGGGUAGCUAAGGAAUCAGCAUUGGCACGGGAAGCGACUCAGCGCAUUGAGAAGUUAGAACGAGAGGCAGCUGUGAAGAGUGAUGCGCUUGAUCGCCAACAGGCUGCUUCAGCUCGUGAGUCCAGCAGUGCUCCGUCCGAAGAUUUUCAGCGAGCAACGGAGGAAGGAGGCAGUCAGCGCAGACGAGAGGAAUUAUCAGAAGAAGAUUUACAAUUGAGAACACGUAAUAUGCUUGAAUUUGCGCGAAAUGUUCUACAGGGAAUUAUUGUAGAAAGUGGUAUCGACUGGUCAGAAAGUGAACGAUGGCUGCAAGUCAUCCUGACUGUAGGUGAAGAAGUUUAAUGCAAACCCACCACACAUAGACACUACCCAGAACCACAUGUACAG